AUGGCGGCGCGCAGGGCGCUGCUGGCGGCAAGGGGGGCCGUGGGGCGCGGCCGGCGGGGGGCGGCAGCUGGGGGCCGGUGCCGCCGCUCCCGGUGCCGGUUUGGGGGCGCGGGGCGGAGCCGCCUGUACGAGCACGUGCGCGAGGGCCUGAGCGCGCGGCCGCAGCUCGACGUGACCGCGCUGAACGAGAGCGACGUGGAGCGGCGGCGCGGGCCUGGGGGCGCUGAGCUGCGCGAGAUCGUGCAGGUGUGGUCCCGGCUGGGGCAGGUCCGGGAUGGCAUCGCCCGCCUGGAGGCCGAGAAGGGGCAGGUGGCCCAGGGGGUCCGGGAGCUCAUGGCAUCCCAUGACAAGGCGACGGUGGAGUCGCUCCCGGCGUACGCAGCGCUGCGGGCGCGGGGCCGGCAGGUCCGGGGGCAGCUCCGGGAGCUCGAGGCCGAGGAGUCCGACCUGGAGCAGAGGUUCUACCUGGGGGCCCUGCAGCUGCCCAACUGCACCCACCCUGCUGUGCCCGUCGGGGACGAGAGCCAGGCCCGGGUGCUGGAGGUGGUCGGGGAGAAACCAGUGUUUGACUUCAAACCAAAGGGACACCUGGAGCUGGGGGAGGGACUGGACAUCAUCCGGCAAAGGCGCCUGUCCCACGUGUCGGGCCAUCGCUCCUAUUACCUGUGCGGGGCUGGGGCGCUGCUGCAACACGCACUCGUCUCCUACACCUUGGGGAAGCUGCUGCCCAAGGGCUUCCUGCCCAUGACCGUCCCUGACCUGCUCCGAGGCGCCGUUUUUGAGGGCUGUGGGGUGCAGCCCAGCGCCACCCCCUCCCCCGUUUACACCAUCGACCCAUCGCGCUUCGAGGAUCUUUGCCUGGCUGGGACCUCGGAGGUGGGAAUUGCAGGGUAUUUCAUGGACCACGCGGUGCAGCUGCAGAACCUGCCCGUCAGGGUCGUCUGCUCCAGCACCUGCUACCGUGCCGAGACCGACACGGGGCGGGAGCCGUGGGGGCUUUACCGUGUCCACCAGUUCACCAAGGUGGAGAUGUUCGGGGUGACGGCGGCGGAGCACGGGAGGGAGAGCGAGGAUCUGCUGGCCGAGUUCCUGGGGCUGCAGAAGGAAAUCUUCUCGGAGCUGGGGCUCCAUUACCGGGUCCUGGACAUGCCCACGGAGGAGUUGGGGCUCCCUGCAUACCGCAAGUUCGACAUCGAGGCCUGGAUGCCUGGACGGGGCAAAUAUGGGGAGAUCUCCAGUGCUUCCAAUUGCACCGACUACCAGAGCCGGCGGCUGAACAUCAUGUACAGUGACGGGCAGGGCCGCCUGCGCCACGCCCACACGGUGAACGGCACAGCCUGCGCCGUGUCCCGGAUACUCAUCGCGCUCCUGGAGAGCAACCAGCUGCCGGACGGCCGUGUCCGUGUCCCCCCCGUCCUGCAGCCCCUGGUGGGGCAGGAGGUGCUGUCCCCGCCCCCCGUGCCCCUCCUGUGCUACAUUGGCCCCAACCAGCCUGGGGGGGGCCCUGGAGGGGACCCCAAAAACAGGGCAGACACGGGGGAGGCUCCCUGAGGCGAGGGGAGCCCUGGAAGCACCACAAGGGCAGGAGUCAGACGAGAGCACAGAUGGACGUGGACUGAUACGGGACGUACGCGGCACCAGACAGACGUGAUGCGCAACACGGGUCACGCGUGGGACAACCCCCGGUCUGUGUCCUCCACGGUAACAAGCCCUGAAAUAAAGUCUUGGACCCCCUCCCACCAGCGGCAGCC